AUGUCGUCGGACGAGAUUGUUUGGCAGGUUAUCAACCAGCAAUUCUGUUCCUAUAAACUGAAAACAACCAAAGGCCAAAAUUUCUGCCGAAACGAAUACAAUGUCAGCGGUCUCUGCAACCGUCAGUCUUGCCCGCUGGCCAACUCCCGCUAUGCCACAGUGCGGUCGGAUCCCGAAACUGGCGUGAUGUACCUCUACAUGAAGACCGUGGAACGCGCACAUAUGCCCAGCAAAUGGUGGGAACGGAUAAAGCUGUCGUCGAACUACGCAAAGGCGCUGGAGCAACUUGACGAGCGACUAAUCUACUGGCCCAAGUACCUGGUGCACAAGUGCAAGCAGCGUCUUACGAGACUGACGCAGGUGGCUAUUCGCAUGAAGAAGCUGGCUAAAGAGGAGGAGAGACUGGGGGAGAGGAUUGUGCCGAAGAUGGCGCCUAAGAUUCGGCGGAGAGAGGAAACUCGUGAGCGCAAGGCUGAAUCGGCAGCCAAGGUUGAGCGGGCGAUUGAGAGAGAGCUUAUUGAGAGAUUGCGCAGUGGUGCUUACGGUGAAGCACCGCUGAAUGUGGAGGAGGGUAUCUGGAAGAAGGUUCUUCGCGGCCUGGAGCGCGCGGGUGAGGGUGAGCGUGAUGAGGAUCUUGAUGAUGGAGAGUUGGAAGAUGAGGAGGAGGAAGGUGUUGGUGAGGUUGAGUACGUUAGCGACCUUGAUGAGGAGGAGGAUCUGGAAGAUAUUGAAGAUUGGCUGGGUGCGGACUCGGGAGACUCCAGUGAUGACUAUGAUGACGAGGACGAGGACAGCGACGAGGACAGCGACGAAGAGGAUUCUAGCGAGCACAGCGAAGAUGAGAAGAAGAAGCCCGCGCCUGGCUUUAAGAGGAAGCGUCCUGCUCCCCAGGCUAAACCCCGGAAGAAGGGUCCUCGGAUCGAGAUUGAGUACGAAACCGAGGGCGUUGGCAAGGAGAAUCUCUUCGCAUAA